GGAGGGGGAGGAGAGUAGAUACCGGUGUAGGACGUGAAAGGCAUCCAGCCGUGAGACGCUGCAAGAACGCGGAUAAAGCAAGAGUCGUAAGUGAAAAAGCCCCCAUUUAACCGCUGGAACAACAAUUACGAGACGUACAGAGCUGUUAAAACAGUACACGCGACUUUAAACAGUCGGCACUUAACGCAAAUUGCAACAGCUUGUUAACAUUAGCUGUUUACCAGUCCGUGAUUGAACAGGCAUUAACAGUGGGGUUUGGCGAAAGUGGUGAAAAUCAAGCUAGCUGCUCGGUCCACUCCGCGUUCCGAGAGUUAAGACGCCGGUCACACCUGCCAAGGCUCUGCUCUGACACCUCCAGAACCGGAACCGGGGUCCGCGUUCACACACAGCCGAGCCGUACAGUGUCUGUGUACCGAAGAGGAGGAGGAGGAGGAGAGGGAGAGUAGUACGACAGGCACAAAGAGCGGAGAGCAUCCAGAGUGGGGAGGCAGGAGGACGGGACGGAGGACAACGGCGGGGACCCAAACACAGAGCAUCCCCCCUGAAGCAGGCAGCACAGCGCCCACGCACACCGCCCGUGACCGGGAUCCCGAGCUCCGUUUGGCCGCAGAAAGCUGUGACCCAACUACUCCGUGGCUCCUCUCAAGGGACACCUGCUCUUGAUCUAACCCUGCAGUACCCAGUCGUCCUCACCACUCUGUCCCGAUGAAGGAGGCUGAUGCCAUUAAGCUGUUUGUGGGGCAGAUUCCCCGGAAUCUGGAAGAGAAGGACCUCAAGCCCAUCUUUGAGCAGUUUGGCAAAAUCUAUGAGCUAACUGUAAUUAAGGACAAAUACACCGGCAUGCACAAAGGAUGCGCGUUCCUGACGUACUGCGCGAGGGAGUCGGCGCUGAAAGCCCAGAGCGCUCUCCACGAGCAGAAGACGCUACCGGGGAUGAAUCGGCCAAUCCAGGUGAAACCAGCUGACAGCGAGGGAAGAGGAGAGGACAGGAAGUUGUUUGUGGGUAUGCUUGGAAAGCAACAGAGCGAUGAGGACGUCAGAAGGCUGUUUGAGCCCUUCGGCAGCAUAGAUGAGUGUACUGUCUUAAGAGGACCUGAUGGAACCAGCAAAGGUUGCGCUUUUGUAAAAUUCCAAGGACAUGCUGAGGCCCAAGCUGCCAUCAAUAGCUUGCACGGAAGCCGCACAAUGCCUGGAGCGUCGUCCAGUUUGGUGGUGAAGUUUGCGGACACAGAGAAGGAGCGAGGUCUGAGGAGGAUGCAGCAGGUGGCCUCUCAGCUCGGCAUCUUUAGCCCCAUGACCCUCAACUUCCCCGCCUACAAUGCCUACACACAAGCAGUCAAUGCGCAGCUUGUCCAACAACAGGCCCUGGUUGCCCAGUCAGCGUAUUUGUCUCCAGUGGCAACAGUUGCUGCCGUACAGAUGCAGCAGAUGGCAGCGCUCAAUGCCAACGGAAUCAUUGCCACCCCCAUUACACCCAUCACGCCGUCUUCAGGCACAAACACUCCACCAACUAUUGCAGCAACACCUGUGCCAGCUCUUCCUCCGCCAAUAGGCGUGAAUGGUUACAGCAGUGUGGCAGCUCCAACUAAUGGCCAACAAGCAACAGAAACCCUCUACACCAAUGGCGUUCACCCAUAUCAAGCUCAGAGUCCAGCGGCGGCCCUGGACCCCCUACAGCAGGCAUAUGCAGGAAUGCAACACUACACAGCGGCAUACCCUGCUGCUUACGGAUUGGUUGGGCAACCGUUCCCCCAGCAGCCAACACUGGUUGCCCAGCAACACCAGCAGCCCCAGCAACAGCAGCAGAGAGAAGGUCCAGAGGGGUGUAACAUCUUCAUCUACCACCUGCCUCAGGAGUUCAGUGACUCUGAAAUGCUGCAAAUGUUCCUGCCCUUUGGCAAUGUCAUCUCAGCCAAGGUGUUUGUGGACCGUGCCACCAACCAGAGCAAAUGCUUCGGAUUUGUGAGUUUUGACAACCCUGCCAGUGCCCAAGCUGCCAUCCAGGCCAUGAAUGGAUUCCAGAUUGGCAUGAAAAGACUGAAAGUGCAGCUCAAGCGGCCCAAAGAUGCCAACCGCCCGUACUGAGUGAGAACUGAGGGGAGGAAGAAGAAGAAAUAAAGUAAGGUGACCUUUCAGAGUCCAGCAGAGGUGGAAUCCCAGGGUUCAUUGUGCUUUCAGACUGUCUGCUACCCUUGAGCAUCCGGGGAGUGCAGUCACAUAAACACUCACACACAGUCACACAAAUACACGCGCACUCACUAGACAUCAAAUAGUACAAGGCUGAUAUACAAAUGUACAUAAAGUGCACAAACACACACACACACACACAUACACACCACACACACAAUGACAAAUAGUUCAUGUGAGUCAGUAAUUCUGCCAAGAGCUUGGUUUGACCAGUUUGUGUGGAUUAUCCCAACAGGGUGUUUAGUGCAGUUAAGACAUCUCAGACCAAGUGAGUAUGAAGGGAAGGGUACUGAUGACAAAUGCUGAUACAUCACUACAAUAGACUUUAACACGUCUAUACCGUGUCUAUUACAUGACAAAUAUAGAGGGGAUAAUGUUUCAUAAUAAAAAAUGAAGAAAACAAAAAAAGAUGAUUAAAUAAGUAGGUUAGAGAUACUUUGGAGAAGAUCCUAAUGACCUGUAAAUAAUUUAGUUUACAAAGAGCAGCAUUUAAAAACAAGAAAAAAAUGCAAAAAGAAUACUACUUUAGAUAAACACUGAACAGGAAACAGCAACAUCAUUAUUAUUAUUAUUAUUAUUAUUAUUAUUAUUAUUAUUAUUAUUAUUACUACUACUACUAGUAACAUCAUCUCCAUAAAGGGAUACUACAUUCCAAAUUGUAAAGUGGGAAAUUACUAACUAAAUUUCUACUUAGAUUUUAGGUGAAGAACAGGGGAGGGGGGGUGCACUUUUUCGGAAGGUUUUAAUAUUUGAGCUAUUUUUAUUUAUUUACUAAUUUAUCAGUCGUUUUGUUUAUAGGGGGGAAGAGUUUUGAGUCAGUUGCAAUAUUUUCAUUUUAGAAUUUUCUAGAGAAAACCUUUCGAGGGCCUGUUUCUGUCAGACUCUUACAAUCGAGUAAUUAUAAUGUAUUAAUAAUUAUUACAGCAAUUAUAUUUAUUUCUAAUUUAUUGAAUCCUGUUUUUGAUCCACUCUCUUUUUAAGUUAAAAUAAAAACUAUCAUACCAAA